GUAAGAAGUGACAAAUAAUUAGAUAAUCAGCCGAUUUGUUGAAAUCAAUUUAAGAUAUGCGAUAAGGUUGAGGUAAUAUGAAUGUCAAGUCAUUUUUGAAAUAGUAAGGAAUUGAUCCAGCAACAUGAAGAGCCUAGGGAUUUUAGUAUACAUUUUAGUUGCGAUACAGGGCCAAAGUGCGGAAUCUACUGAUGACAUACCAAGCACUCUAAACGUGCCAUGGCUGGUUCAUCUUCGUUUUACCCGAUUGUCACUCAGAGGUAAAUUAGAUACAUGUGUUGGGGCUCUCUAUAACAACAGAUGGGUUCUUACUGCUGCUAGCUGUUUGAUGGAGGACAUUGAGGGUUAUAAUAUAACGUCUCGUUACAUCUGGAGUCGCUUCGAUACCAAGCACGUCUUUACACCUGGCUUCGUGAUUGAAUCUUUAGAAUCAGACGUAAUAACCCACCCUCAGUUUGACCCCAUAACUUUAGAGAAUAACCUUGGACUUCUUGACCUCAAUAGGCGUAUUGAAUUCACGGACAAGAUCCAACCUAUAGCGUUGGCAGCAAGUGACGAUGGACCUCCUUCAUCUGGCCGGGCUUGCGGUUAUGGCGAAAAAGAUGGGAAAUUUGGUGAAGAUCUAUUCUGCGUGGACGUCACAGUAACUGAGGCUGACGGUCUUCUAAUUGCGCAGAGCAGUGUGAAUGCUUCGAAGUAUGAUUUUGGGGCCGCUUUAGUGUCGGAUGGCAAGGUGCAUGGUAUACUUGUACGAGCUGCUGAUGACAACUCAGUUGGAGCUUUCCUCCCCACCUCUAAGUUCCUGUCUUGGAUAGAGGACGUGACAAUCGAGAAGGAACCUGACAGUGAGGAGACGUUGGAGGUCGAUGAUAAUGACGUCCUUGUAGCUGAAUGAUAUUUUCCGCAUUAUCUGAGAAACGGGCCUAUUUAGUGAUACAUUUUGUUAUAACAUGUAAAAUAAAUAAUAAAAUAUUUAUUCACACUUCGUUGCAAUAAAAGAAACACAAAUAACACAAUACAUCAAAAUUAUAAGGGAUGCAACGGGC